AUGACCGACUCAUUAGCGACAAUGUUCCAACAAGAACAAGAACAUUUAUCACAAAUACAAAAUCGUCUUUUAACAAGUCCAAUAGAUAGUAUUCCAUUAGAUGUUUACAAAGAAUUAAUGAUAACUUAUUUAUGUUUAUCAAAAAUUAAUGAAGCAAAAUUCUUAUGGGAAAAUCUUCCUGUUAAUAUGAAAACUGAUAAAGAAUUUCAAUUAAUAGCAUCAUUGGUUUCAUCACUUAAUUUAAAACAAUAUGAAGAUUUUUAUAAAUUAUAUAAUUUAAAAAAAAGAAAAUCUUCAAUAUCAAUAUCUCCAUUAUUAUUAAAAUCUCAAUCAAUAACAAGUACAACGUCAGAAAAACAUCGAAAUCUUGAAGAAGAUUUUAUUAUUCUUGGACAAAUUAGCAAUUUAGCUAAAACAAUAACUACACCUCAUCAGCAAUUAGAUGAUUUAAUAAAAGAAACUGUUAAUAAUAUAAAUAAACAAUUAAAUGAUGAAACAAUAUCUACAACAAAUAAUCAAAAUACAACUGUUGAACCAAUUAUUAUUCCUGAUAAUAUACAACAAAAAUCAAAUAAUAUUCAAUUAAUUAUACAUACAACAGAACGUACAGAAACAAUUGAUGUCAUUUUUACAUCAUCUGAAGAUAAAAUAAUAUGGGAAAAAAGUUUUCUUGAUGCUACAAAAAUCCUGUUUGAAACUACUGCUGGACGAAGAAACAUUAGUUUUCAACAUGUUCUUACUCUUCCACAUACUCGACCAGGAAGUCAAUUUUCAUGUGGUGUUGUUCGUUCUUAUUCGGAUGAUUUAUGUUUAUGUUAUACUGAUGGUGAUAUAUGUUUAAUUAAUAUUGAAUCUAAUGCAACAUUAAAAACUUCUAAUAAAAUUCCAUUAUCAGGAAUAAAUUGUAUUGGAUAUAUUCCAUCAAAUAAAACUCGUCGAUCAUCAAAUAUAGCUAAACAAGAUCAUCAUAAUGAUAAACAAAAUUUAAUUAGCAAAGAAGAAUUAAAUAAUUAUAGAAAAACAAGAAUAAUUGAUUCAUUACUUGAAAUAGAUUCAAGUGAUGAUGAAGAAAUAAAUAAUGAGGAUAAUUUAUCAUUAAAUUAUUCAUCAUCAAAUUUAUCUGAAACUCAUUUUAAUAAUGAACAACAAGAUACAAGACAAGCUACAAUAUGGUUAGGAACACGAGAUGGAAGUGAAUAUCAACAAAAUGUAACAUAUGAUAGAAAUUCUACUGGUUGGUUAGCUUUAUCACGUUGUGCAAUGUUAUGUAAUCGAGCUGAUUUUAAACAAGAUCCAGAAAAUUUAUCAAAACCAGUUUUACAACGUGAAUGUACUGGAGAUGCAUCAGAAUCAGCUUUACUUAAAUGUGUUGAAUUAUCAAUAGGUAAUGUAAUAAAAUAUCGUGAAUCAAAUCGUAAAGUAUUUGAAAUUCCAUUUAAUCCAACAAAUAAAUAUCAAUUAUCAAUACAUGAAAUGCGUAGUAGAAAUGAUCCAAAUAAUAUUCGUCUUUAUUAUUUAUUAGUUAUGAAAGGUGCACCAGAAACAAUUCUUGAAAAAUGUUCAACUAUAUUUAUUGAUGGAAAAGAUAUUAAAAUAAAUGAUUUUUGGAAAAAUCAAUUUCAACGUGCAAAUCUCGAAUUAGGAAGUUUAGGUGAACGUGUUUUAGGUUUUUGUGAUUUACGUUUACCAACAAAUAAAUAUCCAAAAGAUUAUCAAUUUGAUCCUGAAAAAAUGAAUUUUCCACUUGAAAAUCUUCGUUUUCUUGGUCUUAUGUCAAUGAUUGAUCCACCAAGAGCAGCUGUUCCUGAAGCUGUUGCAAAAUGUCGUUCAGCUGGAAUAAAAGUAAUAAUGAUAACAGGUGAUCAUCCAAUAACAGCAAAAGCUAUUGCUCGUGCUGUUGGAAUAAUAUCUGAAGAAUCUGAAACAAUUGAAGAUAUAUCACAAAGAUUAAAUAUACUAAUUGAAAAUGUUAAUCCACUUGAUGCUAAAGCUUGUGUUGUUCAUGGAAAUAAUUUAAAAGAUAUGACAUCAUCACAAUUAGAUUAUAUUUUAAAUAAUCAUAAAGAAAUUGUUUUUGCAAGAACAUCACCACAACAAAAACUUAUUAUUGUUGAAGGAUGUCAAAGACAAGGUGCUAUUGUUGCAGUUACUGGAGAUGGUGUUAAUGAUUCACCUGCAUUGAAAAAAGCAGAUAUUGGAGUAGCUAUGGGUAUUGCUGGUUCUGAUGUAAGCAAACAAGCAGCUGAUAUGAUAUUAUUAGAUGAUAAUUUUGCUUCAAUAGUAACAGGUGUUGAAGAAGGUCGUUUAAUAUUUGAUAAUUUAAAAAAAUCCAUUGCAUAUACAUUAACAUCAAAUAUACCUGAAAUAACUCCAUUUUUAAUUUAUUUAACAACUGAUACGCCAUUAGCAUUAGGAACAAUAACAAUAUUAUGUAUUGAUUUGGGUACAGAUAUGAUUCCAGCUAUAUCAUUAGCUUAUGAAAAAGGGGAAAAUGAUAUUAUGAAAAGACGACCAAGAGAUCCAAAACAUGAUCGACUUGUUAAUCAACGGUAUCUUAUAUCAAUGGCUUACGGACAAAUAGGAUUAAUUCAAGCCGGUGCUGGUUUUUUUUCAUAUCUUGUUAUAAUGGCAGAAAAUGGAUUUUUACCAUCACGUCUUUUGGGUCUUAGAAAAUCAUGGGAAUCAAAUGAAAUUAAUGAUUUAGAAGAUUCAUAUGGACAAGAAUGGGUUUUUCCUAUUUUAAUGUUUUAG